UUAAAGAAGACCGGGAACGGAGCGCUCAGGCACCGUUUCCCUCGCAGAGUUAGAGAGUAGAGCCAUGCAUAGGGCAGGAGCAAGGCGUGAUGGUUAUGGGAUGGCGGCUGCUUCUCCCUCCAACCCCCGGAGGUAUCAGGCGGGCAAUUAUUUCUCGGAAAGGCCAGCUUCCUCGGAUCCCCAGGACUACGAAACUUUGGAGCAAGGGGACUCGGAGGGCCAAACGCCUUCUUCGGAACAGCAGCAGGAGCAGCAGUAAGUAGAGGCCUAGCGUGGUCAUCUUACUUCGGAGCAAGGACAGGCGUCGGAUCAUCCCUCGCUAUGCAGACUAGAGUCUCUUGUCUGGGCGCAUACCGUGUGAUACCUCCAAAUCCAACCAAGAGGAAUCAGUUACAAAGAAUUGCUAAUAAAGAGCUAGAAGACUUGGCAAAAUGGAAGGAACAGAACAAGCCAGGACUAAUUACCUUGACACCCCAGAAACUGGGUGGAAGAGCGUCAGAGGCCGAAGUCAGGCGAAAACAGCAACUUCAGAAUAUCCAGUCGAAAUAUCAGCAGAAGCUAAAGAAAGAAAAAUAUGAACAAAUCAAGAGAGAGGCUGAAGAAGUUGACCUUUUGAAAAAGAAAGCAAUUCAAAGAGAGAAAGCUAAUAAACUUGAAGAAAAGCAAAGGCAACAAGAAUGGCAAAGACGGCAGAUGCUUGAGGAAGACCACUAUUUAAAAACCACUGAAUUUUUGAGUAGAUUGGAUUUAGUCCCACCCAGAAGAUCAUCCUGUCAAUCAGGCUGCAAUAGCCUUGAAUCUUCAGCCUGGGCCAGAGGCCACACCUAUAGGGAAAUCCAAAGACAAGAGGAAGACAGAAGACUGCAGGAGAUGAAGGAAGAGCAGCGGAGAAAGGCUGAAUUAUUGGAACUUAAACAAAGGCAAGAGGAGAGAACAAGAAUAAAUGAGCAACAGAGGGUGAAUAAUGCAUUUCUGGACAGGAUACAAAACAAUGGUCGGCCAGGUGGCAUUUACCAAUCUGGACGUCUUGGGAAUAUGGGUUUUAGUGCUGACAGCUGGGAGCCUGAAUAUUUCCAGUAAAACAAACUACUUAUCUAAAAACCAGAAAAGAUUCUUGACACAGCAUUUGGGAAAACUACCUUGGAGAAAGCUUCUGAGAUGUGUUUGUUUUUUAAAUUCUCCUCCUAUCUCUCGUCACUUUAUUCAGCCUUGCUUGCUUGACCGGCUGCCUUUUCUUUGUUGAUGUUUUUCAAGCUGUUAAUUAUAGUACCGAUACUAAAUAUCAAAGAAAUGUUCUUUUUCCUCCUCCCCCCCCCGCCCCCAAGCUUCUCUUGUAGCAAUCUUGCAUUUCUCAAGAGGUUUUAGCUCCAUGUCUAAGGAAACAGCAAUAACUUGUCCUUACUACUUUGAUUAACAAACCUGAGUUGCCAAAAUGUGGACGUUUUCUCUGUGUGUACAUUUCACCUUUUAAUAUGUUGCUGAGACGGAAAAGAAUUAUUACACCGCGUAUUGUAACUUGUUUUAAUUCAAAUCAUUUUUUUAAUUGGAAAAGCAGUACAAAAUAUUACGUAAAUAAAAGCUUUAAAUCAUC